AGCCACUCAGCAAUCAGCUGUAACUACAGGUGAAUCCGUUUCAGGUUCAGAUAUUCUGUGAUAAUAUUAUGGCAAAUAAUUAGUUGGUUAUUAAAUUUUCAAGAUUAAAAUAAUUUUUCAUUAUUUUGACUCAUAUGAUUCAUUGAAAAAUGGAGAGUAUCCUCGAAAAAUUGCUUGUUGCUGAUAACAAUAGCAUUCAAGAGGGAACAAAAGAACUUCGUGAGGCCUUCAAGGAUCCCGGAGUUAUAUCUUCACUGUGUAACGUUCUUGUAUCUUCGAGCAAUCCACAAGUUCGACAAUAUGCAGCUGUUCUUCUCCGAAAAAGGCUAUCUAAAUCACAGCAUUGGACCAGACUCAGUGCUGAAGCAAAAGCUGGCAUCAAAGAAGGUUUGAUACAAGUGUAUGUCAAGGAGCAGGAGAAAGUGGUGAAGAACGCGAUCGUUCAACUGAUUGGAACAAUAAUGAAACUAGAGUCCGGUAAAUUGGGUUGGCCAGAGAUGAUGGAGUGCUUGAAAAUGUGGGUCAAUAGCAGUGUAAUGGAGGAAAAAUUGCUCGGCCUGUUUGCCUUGAGCAUUCUAGCGGAAGUGGUGCCUGAUGUGUUCAUGGAGCAAUACCCGGUUGCCUUGUACUUCAGCCAAAUGCUAGUGCAGACUCUGCGCAUGCCAGACAUCUCGGCAAGCCCGCUCGCCCAUCUAACUCUGGUCUGCCUGGCCCACUUCGCUCCUCCUGUACAACAUGAUCAA